GUGGGAUGGGCAUUACAUAUGAGACUCUUGCGCUGGAUGCAUGUCAGGAUGCUGUUUUUGUUUUGUUUUUGCCUCGCCAUUGCUUCGUCAUUGGGGGCAGAGUUCACUUUGGUAGGAGAAUGUCCAGAUGUGAAGAUACAGGAGAACCUUGAUCAUACUAAGUUUUCAGGAUUAUGGUACAACGUGGCUAGUUACGCCAGCGAUGGUCGUGGGAUCUACGACUGUGCCUCUCUAGAGUUUCAAGAGGACAACCUCGGGUACACCCUCCACGAGACGUACGUGGACAUAGACCAAGGGAAUAGGACGCAGAAGUCUUACUUUGCAAGAGUUGAUCCAACCUUUGAUGCCGGAAACAAGGCCCAGUUUAUCGUUAGCCAUGAAGAUGGAGAUAAAGUACUGCAGUUUCCGUUCUUCAUCCUGUCCACGGAUUACGACGGCUACGCCAUUGCCUACACUUGCAAGACUUUAAAAAAAAAGAUAAGAACUCACUAUGUAUUCACCUGGGUGUUGUCUAGAAGCAAAGAGAAGCUAGAAGGAGACAAACUGAAGAACAUCGAAGAUGCUCUAUCUAAGUACUCCGAGUUGGCUGAGCAUAGACAAUCCUUCGUGCUGAAGGACUUCUCUGAGCAAAACUGCGCGUACACUAAUAAAUAUGGAGUCGAUUUCUUCACCAGCAACUUUUGGUGAUUCGCAUCAUCGAUAUAAAUCGUUAGAUGGGCCCCUACGCUCAAUGUCAUUACUGAAAGACGUGCACGCACAUUUUAUCUUAGUACGCAACAAGCGCAUGCUGUGAGUGGAAUUAGACCUAAAAAAAUAUUUAACUGUUUUUUCUUGUUUAAUCUCUUAAUUAUACCUUCGUACUCAUUUUGUACAUAUAAAGACACAAGCCGCGUCACGAAUAUAGAGAAAGGUGUUACUUUUCUUGCGUAAUUGCGAAACCAAUGACAAUUCCGCGACGCUUCGGGGCCCAUCUACCGAUCUACGAUCGAUGAAUCACAUAGUUUGUCUAUGAUCAAAUUACUGUUUAACAC